UAUGUACCUCCAUAGUUAGGGGUUAGUAAAAUGUUAGGUAACGUAGGACUACAUGCCUCUAAGCUAGUAACAUAUCUCGCCCGCAUUCACGACCGGAAUUCCCCACCACAUAACGGAACUCUCGGGGUACCAUUGCCCAUAUGACGUCGCUGUCUCUUAAUUCGACCUAUUUUCUACCUCCUUCACACCUACAAAAACAGCAAGACCUUAAACCCGACGUAUAUUACUACUACCAAUCCACUUACAUUCCUACCUAAACAAAAACAAAAAAAAUGGUCACCCUCAACCUCGCCUACACCGCGCCCAUCAACCCCCCCUCCGCCUCCCCUCCCCUCUCCCUGCCACAAGUCUGGGCCGGGCUGCAGCGCAAGGUCCGCCACGCACCCGAAUUCGUCCCGCUCAUCACCGAAUGCACCGUGCUCUCCUCGACCACCGACGCCGAAACCGGGAAUCUCAAGGUCGUGCGCGAGGUACGAUUCGACUCCGGCAAGCUGGUCAAGGAGGUGUGCGUGCACUUCGCGCCGUGCCGCGUGGACUUCGAGCAGACGGACGGGAGCACGAUCUCGAAUAUCGCGAGCAUGGGCGCCGAUGGCGAGCUGCUGUUGACGUACGCGUUCGAGUGGAGGCACCCCGGCGUGGAGGAGGGGAGUGAGGAGGCGAGGGCGUUGGAGGAGAGGAGCUGGAAGACCGCGAAGAUGGCUGUGCAUGGGAGUAUUGACACUAUUCGCCGACUAGUAAAGGAUGGCAAGAUAUAGAGAUGGUGUAGUGCUUGGCCUUGUCCUUGGUAUUUAAUUAAUUAGGCCUCGAGACUGAUAGAAACAUUUCCACCAUUUCCAUUUCCACCACGGCCACUGUAGCCUAUGGCAUUAAUAUGGCACGCAUGAUAUAUGUACUUACCUACCGGCAUAUGAAUAGGUAAGAACGAAAACCCCGGAUAUGCCGGCAGACCCCGCGAUCGUAUGAGAGAUCCAGCCGAAAGAAAGACUUUAUGUGGCAGAUCCUUCAAGAAGGAUUGAU